UUUCCCCUUCCCUAUCGAUGUUGCGGGCAUUAAAAUCUUCUGUCAUCUUGUUAAGCUUUUUGGCUUUUUCGAUUAGCUAAUCGUAGUCGCGCAAAUCCUCGUCCUGUGCACCCUGUCGAUCUCCUUCACCUUGGUCGCUCCGACCUACCAUUCGUCGUUCCACCUUCUCGACGUCGGCUUUUCUUUCUCUCCUCUUCCAUACAAUCCGUCACCCCCACCCACACGCGUACUGUCCGAGUAUCUCCGAGCCUCCGCGUGCACACUGCACAGUACCCGUCUAUCUGUCGGGUUGACCACACGCUCACAAGAUUAACGAAGAUCGUGCGCAACACCCUGGAAGCAUCACUGGAGCUACUACGGGGAACGUCGAUCUAGGUAUCGAGGAAUAAGCGGCCCGAGCAUUGGGUCAUUUUUCUACUUAAAAGCGCAGCGAAGCUCACAGUCACGCGGAAUGGGUUCAUCCGGGAGUCUUUUUUGGUCCUCGAGCAACGAUAGUGCGGUCGAUCCUGGAAUCGGAUUGACGGCUCGACAAAAGAAGCUCGUGCAGAAUACAUGGGCCAUUGUUAGGAAAGAUCCUAUCGUCAAUGGCAUGGCGAUUAUGAUUGCCUUCUUCAAGAAGUAUCCCGAGUACCAAAAGCUCUUUUCGGCAUUCAAGGAUGUGGCAUUGGAAGAGCUGUCGGCUAACAAGAAAUUUCAAGCGCAUUGCCUCAACGUCGUGACAGCACUCAACAAUAUCAUUGAUUCCAUUAAUGAUCUCGCAUUGCUGGAAGCAAAUCUCCUUGGCAUAGGCGAGCGACACCAUAGACGUGGCCAGACAAAGGAACAGUUUCUUAAUUUGAAGGAUGUAAUACUGGAUGUAUUGCGACAGAAGUUGGGGGCAAAGUUUACGUGCGAGACAUCGGUGGCUUGGAGUAAGACGAUAGAUGCAGUUAUCGAUGGCAUAUUUCAAUCCUUCACGACGUAAUGCAGGUCCUUAUUCCUUGUUCAUGCACUUACGUAUGUCUCUUUGUUCGCCUUUUUCUUUUCUAUGUCCCCGCUUGUUCUGUAUAAUUCUUAUAGUGGAAGUAAAACUUAUCAUUUUUUGAGUUUCGAGAUUGAGUCUACUUUACGGAUUUACUAAUACGUAAGUAGUUAUAAAUAUUUUAAUGGUAUUUAAUCGAAUAAU